AUAAGAAGAAAAAAUAAAAAUUUAGCAAGGAAAGAGAGAAGAAGAAGAUCUUCAGGCCUCCAUCAGCAGGAAGGGAACCUCUCUGCAGGCCACUUACACAGUGGCAGCCAUGGCUUCCACCAUCCCCACCUCCUCCCACCUUCUCUUCUCCUCCACCACCACCCGCUCUCUCCGCCGCCUCCCACUCUCCGCCCUGUCUCCUCCGAGCGGCGUAGGCAGUCCUCUGGACCAGAAGGACACCACCAUUCAGUACUCCCCCCACCUCCCCACGAAGAAGCAGCGCGGAAUAUUCAGGGUAUCUGCGACGGUGGGCACCGCCGAGGCGGAGGCGGCGGCCUCGAAGAAGAGGAGCUCGUACGAGAUACAGACGCUAACGGGGUGGCUGCUGAAGCAGGAGCAGGCGGGGAACAUAGACGCGGAGCUGACGAUAGUGCUGUCGAGCAUCUCCAUGGCGUGCAAGCAGAUCGCGUCGCUGGUGCAGAGGGCCGGCAUCUCCAACCUAACCGGCGUCCAGGGCGCCGUCAACGUCCAAGGCGAGGACCAGAAGAAGCUCGACGUCGUCUCCAACGAGGUCUUCUCCAAUUGCUUGAAAUCUAGCGGACGCACUGGAAUCAUCGCCUCCGAAGAAGAAGAUGUUCCCGUAGCAGUGGAGGAGAGCUAUUCAGGCAACUAUAUUGUGGUGUUCGACCCACUUGACGGAUCCUCCAACAUUGAUGCUGCAGUUUCCACCGGAUCGAUCUUCGGGAUCUACAGCCCCAACGAUGAGUGCCUUGCAGAUGUAGAAGUAGAUGGAACGCUGGGGACAGCAGAACAGAAAUGUGUGGUCAGCGUGUGCCAACCAGGAACUAACCUACUGGCUGCAGGCUACUGCAUGUACUCAAGCUCAAUCAUCUUUGUGCUCUCAAUAGGGAAGGGGGUCUUCGCUUUCACACUGGACCCUCUGUAUGGAGAGUUUGUACUGACGCAAGAGAACAUCCAGAUACCAAAAGCAGGCAAGAUCUAUGCGUUCAAUGAAGGCAACUACAUGCUCUGGGAUGAGAAGCUGAAAAAGUACAUGGACAAUCUCAAAGACCCUGAGCCUUCAGGAAAGCCAUAUUCAGCACGUUACAUAGGAAGCCUUGUGGGAGACUUCCACAGGACUUUGCUCUAUGGUGGUAUCUAUGGAUACCCAAGAGAUAAGAAGAGCAAGAAUGGCAAGCUCAGGCUUUUGUAUGAGUGUGCCCCUAUGAGUUACAUUGUGGAACAGGCCGGUGGAAAAGGUUCAGAUGGCCACAGAAGGAUACUGGACAUCAAGCCAGAAGAGAUUCAUCAAAGAGUUCCUCUCUUCAUCGGAAGUGUGGAAGAAGUUGAGAAAUUGGAAAAGUUCCUAGCUUGAUUUGAUCUGCUCAGCAACUCCAUAUAAGUUGUGGAGCUUGAAAAUGCCAAGCAAAAAACGGAAGUCGUGAAGAUGCAAUCAGUAGCUCUGAAUUUAAUGGCUCCUUAUUUGUUUUAUGCUCGCUAGAUGAACACAAAAGAAAGAAUUGAUUUUCUGUGGUUCAAGAGUA